CAACGUAAGUACAAGUCCUUCCUUCCUUAUUUUUCCUUCUCCCUCCCUGCGUCAAUCUCAGGCUUCCUUCGUAAACCUCUCUCCCUCUCUCGAUAAUAUAUAUAUAAUAAUAAUCUCCCUCUCGCCCUUACGCUCAUCGAAACCUCUCGCUCUCUCUAUAGUCCAAAUAAUACACAAUCGCUUCUCGUCGACCUCCAUUGAUUCUCACCUUCCCACCGCCAUGGCUGCCGAGAAGUUACGCGACUUGAGUCAGCCUAUCGACGUCACUUUGCUCGACGCUACCGUUGAGUCCUUCUACGCAACGGGAUCGAAGGAUGAAAGAGCUGCUGCGGAUAACAUCCUUCGUGAAUUGAAAGCGAACCCUGACACGUGGCUUCAAGUGGUUCACAUUUUGCAAAGCACCAGGAGUGCACAUACCAAGUACUUUGCGCUUCAGGUGCUGGAAGGUGUUAUCAAAUAUAGGUGGAAUGCUUUACCUGUUGAGCAGCGUGAUGGAAUGAAGAAUUACAUCUCUGAAGUCAUCGUGCAGCUCUCAGGGGAUGAAGGAUCUUUCAGAGCGGAAAGGCUUUAUGUCAACAAGUUAAAUGUCAUUCUGGUUCAGAUCGUUAAACAUGAGUGGCCUGCUAAGUGGAGGAGCUUUAUUCCCGAUCUAGUCAAAGCUGCCAAAACUAGCGAGACUUUAUGUGAGAAUUGCAUGGCUAUUUUGAAGCUCCUGAGCGAAGAGGUAUUUGAUUUCUCAAAAGGAGAGAUGACUCAGCAAAAGAUAAAGGAGAUGAAAGAGUCCCUAAACAGCGAGUUUCUACUCAUUCAUGAGUUAUGCCUAUAUGUUCUCUCAGCUUCCCAAAGACCAGAGCUUAUACGCUCAACGCUCUCUGCAUUGCAUGCCUAUCUUUCUUGGAUUCCGCUUGGCUAUAUAUUCGAGUCACCCUUGCUGGAGACCCUCCUUAAAUUCUUCCCUGAGCCGGCAUAUAGGAAUCUCACCCUUCAAUGUCUGUCAGAGGUUGCAGCUCUUAAUUGUGGGGACUUCUACAAUGGGCAAUAUGUCAAGAUGUACGGCAUUUUCAUGGGACAGUUGCAGGCAAUGCUUCCUUUAAAUAUCAAUAUCCCAGAGGCAUAUUCAAAUGGAAGUGACGAAGAACAGGCUUUUAUCCAGAACUUGGCACUGUUCUUCACUUCAUUUUUCAAGUCACAUAUAAAAGUCCUAGAAUCACCCGAGAUUAUUUCUUUACUACUUGUGGGUCUGGAAUAUCUCAUUAGCAUUUCAUAUGUUGAUGACACUGAAGUAUUCAAGGUUUGUUUGGACUAUUGGAAUUCACUAGUUUCGGAGUUAUUUACGUUGCAUCAUCAUGUCGGCCACCCUGGUCUAACUCCAAGUCUGUUUGGAUUGCAAAUGGCUUGCCUUCCUCGUACGGCUGGUAGCAUCAAACCGGAAGUCACAGAGCGACAAAAACUUUAUGCUGAUUCAUUGUCAAAAUUAAGGGGGCUCAUGAUUAGUCGUAUGGCUAAGCCUGAAGAAGUGAUAAUUGUUGAAGAUGAAAAUGGGAAUAUAGUCCGUGAAACUAUGAAGGAUAAUGAUGUUCUUGUCCAAUAUAAGAUAAUGCGGGAGACAUUAAUCUAUCUCUCGCACCUUGGUCAUGAUGAUACCGAAAGACAGAUGUUGAGUAAGCUAAGCAAACAGUUGAGCGGGGAGGAAUGGACAUGGAACAAUCUGAACACUUUAUGCUGGGCUAUUGGAUCUAUUUCUGGUUCCAUGGAUGUGGACCAGGAAAACAGAUUUCUGGUGAUGGUUAUUCGUGAUUUGUUAAAUUUAUGUGAAAUCAUCAAGGGAAAAGACAAUAAAGCUGUUAUUGCAAGCAACAUCAUGUAUGUUGUUGGACAGUACUCGAGGUUCUUAAGGGCUCACUGGAAGUUUCUGAAAACAGUUGUUCAUAAGUUGUUUGAAUUCAUGCAUGAGACACAUCCUGGUGUUCAGGACAUGGCGUGUGAUACAUUCUUGAAAAUUGUUCUAAAAUGCAAGCGCAAAUUCGUUAUUCUUCAGGUUGGAGAGGAGGAGCCAUUUGUAUCUGAACUUUUGUCAGGACUUGUUACUAUUGUUGGAGAUCUUGAACCUCAUCAGAUUCACACCUUUUACGAAUCUGUUGGUAGUAUGAUCCAGGCGGAAACAGAUCCUCAGAAGAGGAGUGAAUAUAUCCAGAGGUUGAUGGAUCUCCCUAAUCAGAAAUGGACAGAAAUUAUAGGACAAGCACGUCAGAAUGCAGAUAUCCUUAAAGACCCAGAUAUGAUACGUACUGUACUUAGUAUCCUCCAGACAAACACGAGAGUUGCAACUUCACUAGGAACACAUUUCUUAUCUCAAAUCUCGUUGAUCUUCUUGGAUAUGCUGAAUGUUUAUAGAAUGUACAGUGAACUCGUGUCGAGCAACAUUGCUGAGGGUGGCCCUUAUGCUUCGAGGACAUCUGUUGUUAAACUUCUAAGAUCUGUUAAGAGAGAAAUCCUUAGGUUGAUAGAAACGUUUCUAGAGAAAGCGGAAUACCAGUCACACAUUGGCAAACAGUUUGUUCCACCAAUGAUGGAUCCAGUUCUUGGUGACUAUGCAAGAAACGUUCCCGAUGCAAGGGAAUCAGAAGUCUUAUCACUCUUUGCGACAAUAAUAAACAAGUACAAGGUUAAUAUGCAAGAUGAAGUGCCUCGCAUUUUUGAAGCUGUUUUCCAGUGCACUUUGGAGAUGAUCACGAAGAAUUUCGAAGAUUAUCCAGAGCACCGCCUCAAGUUUUUCUCGUUACUUCGUGCUAUUGCGACUUUUUGUUUCCCUGCUUUGGUACAGUUGUCAAGUGAGCAACUGAAGCUAGUGAUGGAUUCAGUUAUCUGGGCGUUUAGGCAUACCGAAAGAAACAUCGCUGAAACAGGGCUUAAUCUCUUGCUGGAGCUGCUGAAAAAGUUUCAGAAAUCUGACUUCUCUAACCAAUUCUACCGGACAUACUUCAUGCAAAUUGAGCAAGAGAUAUUCGCCGUCUUGACCGAUACCUUCCACAAGCCAGGGUUCAAGUUUCAUGUGUUGGUGCUACAGCAUCUAUUUUCCCUGGUUGAGAGCAAAUCUUUGACGGAACCUUUGUGGGAUGCUUCGACAGUACUUCAGCAAUACCCAAACAAUGCUGCCUUUGUUCUUGAAUACACCAUCAAGCUUCUAAGCUCAUCAUUCCCAAACAUGACUACAGCAGAGGUGACGCAAUUUGUGAAUGGACUUUACGAGUCGAGAAGUGACAUUGCGAGAUUCAAGAAUAACAUACGAGACUUCCUUGUACAGUCCAAGGAAUUCUCUGCUCAGGAUAACAAAGAUCUAUAUGCUGAAGAAGCUGCUGCUCAAAUUGAGAGAGAUAUACAAAAUAUGCUUUUGAUUCCUGGUCUUAUUGCUCCAAACGAGAUUCAAGACGACAUGGCUGAUUCAUACACUAUUUCUUAGGAUGAAUUUAUUCAGUGAAUCUUGUUUUUUUUUGUUUUUUCCUUUUACAUCUAAUAUUUCAUAUUUUAUUAAGCUAGAUCAAAUAAUUCAUAAGUUAAAAAAAAAUAUAAAAUUGAGUUUAAUGUCUUCAAAUUAAUACACUUUC